GCCGUCUCUAGGUGAUUUAGCGCCGCCAGUCUCAAGCAGGUGUCCAACAUGGCGAUCACGGGGAGCGGAUCUCUCGCUAUUUCUCUCUCUGUUUUCGUGAUUUCAGCCUCGUUUCUUCUGAAAGGAGCUGCUGAAACCGUGACAGUUGAAGGUCAGAACCUGGCGACUGACAAUGUGUCUGUGAUCGAGGGGGAAACAGCCACCAUCAGCUGCAGAGUGAAGAACAACGACGACUCCGUCAUACAGCUGCUCAACCCCAACAGACAGACCAUCUACUUUAAAGAUGUGAGACCUCUGAAGGACAGCCGGUUCCAGCUGGUGAAUUUCUCUGACAACGAACUGCGGGUGUCUCUGUCCAAUGUGUCACUCUCCGAUGAGGGACGCUAUGUGUGCCAGCUCUACACAGAUCCUCCUCAGGAAGCCUACGCAGACAUCACUGUCCUGGUCCCGCCAGGCAGUCCAAUCAUCGAGAGCCGUGAGGAUGUGGUCAGCGAGGGGAACGAGACAGAGCUCACCUGCACAGCCAUAGGCAGCAAGCCAGCUGCCUCCAUCAGAUGGAUGAAAGGGGAGGAAGAGCUGACAGGUGAUGCAGCAGUUGAGGAGAUGUAUGACAGGAUGUUUACUGUCACCAGCCGAGUAAGAUUUUCUGUCACCAAAGAGGAUGAUGGAGUGCCAGUGGACUGCAUCAUUGACCAUCCAGCUGCAAAGGACCUCCUGGCUCAAAGACACUUGGAAGUGCUGUAUAAACCUGAAGUGAAGAUCGUGGUGACAUACCCUGAGGGUUUAACUAGAGAGGGUGACAAUCUAGAUUUGACAUGUAUCGCAGAAGGAAAACCACAUCCCCAUCAGAUCAACUGGCUGAGAGUAGACGAGGAUGUACCACCUCACGCUGUGGUCACCGGGUCUGACCUCUACAUCGAGAACCUCAACAAGUCCUACAAUGGCACCUAUCGCUGCGUGGCGUCCAACGCCGUGGGAGAGGCCUAUGACGACUACAUCCUCUAUGUAUAUGAUGCUCCCACUACUAGCCCCACACCCACCACCAACCCAGUCAACACGCAAGACUCCAGGGCUGGCGAGGGGGCACCUCAGAAAAUUGACCAUGCUGUCAUCGGAGGAGUGGUUGCUGUGGUCAUGUUUGCCAUCCUCUGUGCACUCAUUGUUCUUGGUCGAUACUUUGCCAGACACAAAGGAACUUACUUCACACAUGAAGCCAAAGGGGCGGACGACGCGGCCGACGCCGACACGGCCAUCAUCAAUGCGGAGGGGGGACACAACAACACAGAUGAGAAGAAGGAGUACUAUAUCUAAAGUAGACGGGCCAGGAGAGACGGGUGGGAAUGCUGGUGGUGGUGGUGGUGGUGGUGGUGCUGUCGUCGGAGCAUUAUGUUUAACUUCGAUUGGUUACGAGAAGGCUUGGGGGUGGGGAGGGGAGGGCGGGAUUUAAAGACGGCGAGAAGAAAGUGGAAAGUAGGACUGGCAUGGCCAAGUGGUAAGAAGAGGCGUUGCUGAGUCUCCUAUCCGACCCUUCCUGGACUGCUGGGGCCUAUUCUGUACAGUUCAAUUAUUUUACAGACAAUUUUGUGCCUUGUUCUAUUUCUUUUGUUUAUUUUGUUGUUGUUUUUUUCCCCCUUUCACAUUCUUGAUGGAUUGAAUUUUUUCUUUUUUUUUCCAUGUAUUCCACCUGAUCCUUUGUUGCUUUUCGCUUUCAGAGGAGAUUAAAUAGGCCUGGUAUUUGUCUAUGUGUGCUGCAGCUACCUUUUAGCUCAUGUACCCAGAUCUGAGGAGCCAGCUCAUCCACUUCACACUUCUUUUUAUUUUUUAUUUUUUUGAGUAAUCUCCAGAGUUCAGUGACUGGAACACAGUGUCAACACAUUUCUCCCUCCUGGGUCAAAGUCCAACAUCUCCCCCGACACAUGCAGGUCUGAUUCGUUUCAACAUAUUUCAGCAAAGAUUUCACUCACCCCUUACAAGGUCAGGUUUUUGGUGUUGAUUACUGAUGUAACAGUUGUGAUUAAUCAUGCUCAUCAUAGAAUGUAUUUGUUCCUGACAGUGAAGUUGGAGUCAAGUAUCAUUUCACACCGAACUUCCAAGUGCAACUGGUCCUUUGUUGGUGUCAAGAAAACAGCUGGCGAUUAGUAGAUGUGAGGUCAGUUUAGUGUUUGAUUAGGGUAUUGUGGAGUCCAGUCUAAGACAUCCCGACAACCGUAUUGUGUCAUGAUAUACAGUUAAAAAUCAGAGCUACUUAUUCUUUUUUUCACAAAGUGUAUCAUGGUUUUCUGCUGAUUGAGAGGACAACAAUAGCAGAUAACAUGUCCAUCAUCUGCUUUCUUUCAUUUUUGAUUGUCAUCAGCUGAGUAUUUGGUUCUGGGAAAAAAAAAAUCAUAAAGGAAUAGUUUGACAUUUUAGGAAAUACACCUACCUGGUUUCUUGGCCAGCGUAAGGCACUCUCAUGUCUCUAUGUUAAAUAUGAAGCUUCACAUUCAGCAUGCAGACAUGAGAGCAGUAUUUAACUCACAGCAAAAAGGCAAAUAGGUAUGUUUGCAAAAAAUGUCAAACUACUCUUUUAAAAACAUUGUCUGUAUCUCAAAUGAUUUUAAUAACUUUAUCUUUAUUUAUCUUAUCUUUACAACUUUAUUUAACUUUAAUCUUCAAUGGAUGACUGGACCAAAAACACGAAAGAAAACGUUGCUCUAAUAAUCACAGAGCCAAAAGGACAGAAAAACUUCCUGUCUACUGGUUUUAAGGUCACACUUUGCUUUCAGGGUAUAAAUCUGGUAAAGCAACUGGUCCUGCUGCAUUGAUCGUUCAGUUUUAUUAAAAUGUAUUCUUUGUUAGAUAUUGAAACUACCUGCUGUGUGUGCUGUUGGUUUAAACAUGAAAUUAUUCACAUUUUCAUGCCACCCACAUGGUCAAUCCUCGACCAGAUAAUUCUCAAAGUGUGCAUAUGUACAGUGAAUAUUACCUGUAUACUGCAAACCCUGAAAGUCCACUGUGCUGAGUGCUCCUUUCUAAUUAAUACAUUUUUUCAGUAUUACAGAAAAUACAAUAUAUUUACCAUUUACUGGAAAUCUUCCUUGGACACUGGUUUAUUUUAUUUUCCAAGGUUUUUAUUCUUUAACACUUUGAAAGGAAAAGUUUCAAGGUAUGUCCGUGUGAAUACCCACAGCAAGUGAAAAAUACAUUUUCAUUGCUUAUUUCCUGGCUUAGAAACCCUUUCUACUUUUUUGCCCUUGCCCAUACAUGAGUAAAAAGACAUUCAGUCACUGCAAACAUGAAUCAGUUAUAUUUCCUUCCCGUCUGUAAAGACAUUUUACCUUUGGGCUGUCUUUGAUAACUUGUAAGGCCGAGAGCCCUUACAAGUUAUCAAAGACUUGCUUGGAGCUUUAGACUUGGUUAAGGAAAGAUCGUUUUCUUGCCAUCGUACCACAGCCUCAAACCUUCACAGAGGAGCCGUCCACUGUUACAAAUUUGUUUUUUUUUUUGUUUUUUGUUUUGUUUUUUCUCACCAACACAAAUCAGAAGACCCUAAGCUUGCAGACAGAGAUGCAGUUGUGCACGCCAUGUAUGCUUCACGCCUCUCACUCUGUCAUGGCUAGAAGAGUAAAAACCUCGGUAAUUAGCGAGUGAUUUCAUCGUAUUGCCUGAAUAAAAAGAAAAAAAAAAUCUGUACAUGUAUUAUGAAAAAGGAUAACCACUGCCUUAAACCCACCUCUUGAUACUUAUCAUUAUAAAGGAAGACUGAAGGACUUAAUUUAGUGCCUUCUUUGAUUUUGAGGCAUAUGGUUAGUAUCGUACACUAUCCUCAUGUACACUCUUAAAGUAGAUCUUGUAUAUCUGUCCUUUCUAACUUACAGGGCCAAUACUGAUACACAUUGUCUGUAUUCACACACCAUAGACUUGCAUCACAGUUAUGACCUGGAGCAUAAAAAAGAAGAAUUUUGAUGCUUAAAAGAAAAAUGUAUUUCUUUGUUUACCAGGGUGGUGUGGCAGCUUCCACUGACUAGAAUGUCGUACGCCAGGAUGUAGUAUUUAUUGUCUUAAUUAUUGAUUGCGAAACAAUUUCAAUUUGGUCCGAGUUAUUUUCUCUGCUUCACAUUUGUUAUUUAUUCGGAUAUCUUCAAGGACAAGGCUCAGUAGUAUUAUCAGAGAGGAACGCAGUAGUAAAAGCUGUAGUAAGCCACAAUAAAAGUACAUUUUCUGGAUUUUAGAGUUUUGGUGUCAUGGAAACAGUUAAGUGCAUGACAAUUUCUAUUUUGAGGUUUGAUAUUUGUCUAAAAUGGUUAAAAAGUGCUUUUAAUCAAGGCAAACAUAAAAAGAUUGUCGGAGGCAUCGUUCUAGUACAAUUUCCGAUUUGUUUUAAAUACUUGAUAUUUAGUAUGUUUUCACUCUCUCAGGUUCAUGAGUGUUAAUAGUUGUGUUUUUUUGCAUCUCAGGUAGAAUGCAAAGUUAAGGCCCCAAGUAUAUACUGUAGUACCACAGUUAUUCAAGAAGUGAAGAAAUCACAAGAUGUACAUGUUUUUUCUCAUUUGUACAUGUUUAUGUGUUCUUAAUAUGGUGCACUGUUACAGUAAACGUUGAAUAUUAUUUUGCAUAGACCUAGUUCACAAAGAAAGAAAGAAAGACAACUAGAUUUGUUAAGCAGACGAAAAAUAUGUACAGUCAAUGUCAACAAAAUCACAAUGAUGUUCAUGAAACUUCUUCUUCUUCUUCUUCUUCUUCUUCUUCUUCUUCUUCUCCUCCUCCUUCUUCCUCCUCCACCGUAACACUUUGCUUAAACAGUAUUGUUUAUUUAGUAAUUAUAGGAUGUGACCACAGACAGUCAGUCAAGCAAGCAUCUGUUCGCAUUCAGUCAAUUCAUGCAUACAUUUUCACAGAUGAAAAGCUGGUGUAUUUACUGUGAUAUGAAGUUUUAUGAAUGAUCUGUAACAUGUCUAUUUGGAUGAAAUUCAUAUUUAACCUGGGGAGGGAGGAAGAGAGGGGGGGGGGGGGGGGAUUUGGUUGUUUUAUCUGCCCGAAAUGGUUGCUUUUGUUUUUGAAUCUUAAAUUUCUCUCUGUACCCAGGUGACAUUUUUCUUUUGUGUAGUGAAGAGGAUGUUUCUCAUAUGACCAUGCAUAUUUUGUAUUGGUUCACACCAACAUUUUUACAAAAGAAAAAAAAAAAUCAGAAGAGUACUUGUCUUAAUAAAAAGAUAUCAAUGUUUAAA